GUAAUUUCAUCUUAAGAAGCCCGGAAAAGUACAAAUUUGCUCCUCAAACAACGAUAAGUUGAGUUAAGGAUUGAUAUGUGUUAUAAACAGAAUGGCAUAUUGGAACUGGCCACUUUUCUCAUUUUGGCUUUCAUGCUCGUCGGCUGCUUGUGCGAACAGCAUACUAGCCACCUCAACAACAAAGACUAUCAACAACCGCACUUUGAUUCAGUCAUUUUGAGUGGUCCRCCACUAAAUAACAUCCAUCAAGUAAAUCAACACGCUGAUGUACURCAUUCAAAAAACAACCGUAGUUUAGCUAUCCGGCCUUCGAGUAGUGCGCAUGACAAGGGAAUAACAAAAAYUGUUGGCAACAACACUGGUCAAGAUAAUAACUUGAAAAUUAAACUCAAAAAGGACCAAGAGAUUGGCCUUCUUCCAGCGCUGCAGAAAAACCYUUUGAUUCAAAACCUGAUGAAUGCCGAAUCUAAUUCGACAAACGAAAUCAACAUGACUAUCUACGUCAUAAAACAGACCAAAGACCUCAAUCACACACGCCUCAACACAAGUAAUAUCCAUCAGGGAACUAAAAAUUUAUCAAGAGCUUUUUUGAAUGAAGGUAYUGAUCGGUAUCGGAAUAACAUGAGUCGUAAGGGGGUGGCUCAAAACAUCACUGUCUUUCUUGACACUCCUGAAAGCGUAGAAUCAAAUCCAACGUCACUUCCACAUAACGAUAMCCACACCUUUGCCACGAUCAAGAAAGAACAGCAGGUGUUAAAGAAUAUACUGAAGACAUGGUCUUGGAACCAACGAACACGCAGUCGCUGGCCGAUGAACAGAAGAGUUGGUGGUAGAAGACCAAGCCAAAGAAGACGGCCUUCUUCCGGUUGGCGGGUGCGCCCUGGUCAAGGAGUUAGACCACCUCAGGGWGGAUGGACAAGACCCACUCAAGGAGGAAAUCAAGUUAACAGUCUCAGACCCAAUCAAGGUGGAGCAGGAGGGCAGCCGAGUGGAGGUGGAAGCAAUGGAGGUGGGAGCAAUGGAGGUGGGAGCAAUGGAGGUGGAAGCAGCAGUGCCAAUCAGGGUGACAGUGAAUUUGAGCAAGAAGCUUUGGAAGCACACAACAGGUUUCGUGCUGUACAUAACGCACCACCCAUGMGGUUAAACAAUGAACUCAACCAGCAAGCAAAAGCCUAUGCUCAGAAAAUAGCUGCCCUUGGAGCUUUACAGCACUCAUCAAGCUCUGAACGUGGACAAGAUGUUGGAGAAAAUCUUGCUAUGGGAUGUAGCUCGUUUGGAAAUCCUAUGAGUGGUAAAAAAGCUGUUACAAAUUGGUAUAAUGARGUCUGUCAAUACAACUUUAACAAUCCUAGCUUCAGCAUGGAAACUGGACAUUUCACUCAAGUAGUGUGGCAAGACAGCACUGAGCUGGGAAUUGGUAAAGCUASCGGUCGAAUGGGACAAAUGCCUUGUGUUUAUGUGGUUGGACGGUACAGAACUGCUGGCAACUUCAAUAACAUGUUCAGACAACAAGUAUUGAUAGGAGCGUUUGAUCAAAGUUACUGUAAUAACKUGAAAAAUGACGAAAAAUAAUGUCGACUGUUUUGACUGGAAUUAGUAGAAUAAAACCAUGAUAUGAUCGUUAAUAGGUCAGCGCAGACACCUUUACUGAGUGAUAGACUAGUUUUAAUGUUAAAUAU